AUGUCUGCACUACUGGUCACAGAAGAAAGCAAUGACGAGCUGGCGCAGUUUACUACGGGGGCCCAGGGCAUGACAUCGACAGACAUCAGGAAUGCCCUCAGUCUGACCGCGCGUUCUGACACUGACCAGUCUCCCAGUGUCUCGAACACUACAGAUAGUACCAAAAACACUCUCUUAUCAGAGGUUCGCAAGCACACACCCUUCACCAGGUCCGAUAAGAUCCCCAAGACAUAUGUGCAGAGACUUAUUGACGUCCCAGUUUGCCCCACCUGUCAGCGACCCUACAUGCUAGCUCAGCUUUACUUUAAGCUUCUGCAAACAGCGGUUGAAAGCUCACGCAGAAGCUACUAUAAACAUUUCUUUAGGCAGCUUGGGUGCAUAGGCUCAGGAAGCUUUGGCACAGUUUACCGUGUGCGCCACCAACUCAAUGCUGUAGAGCUGGGUGUGUACGCCAUCAAGAUCAUAUCUGUUGGAGCGUCGCGACCAUGGCUGCUUAAGGCGCUCUCUGAGGUGACUGUCCUGGAGAAACUUCGGCAUCAAAACAUAGUCCAGUACCACCACUGUUGGGCCGAAAGAUAUCGGACUGCACUCAACGCAACGGAAGAGACGCUUCAUCUCUUCAUCUUACUCAAUUACUGCAAGGGUGGUUCCCUUCUUAAUUUGCGCAGAUCGGUGUUCAACAGGCAAAUGACUGAGGAAGAAGUGCUUUUUCUCCUCUUUCAGGCAGCGUCUGGGCUGGCGCAUCUCCAUGCCAUAGGCUUUCUUAGCCGUGACGUGAAGCUUGGCAACAUGCUUCUUGACGGCGAUGUCCCAGAUGAUGACCCAAAGGGGUAUAUCUCGUGCAUAUACAACGAUCCUGCCGACUUCCCAGAUGCUCUCACCACGAAGCAGAGGCAGGAGCUUCGAUACAAACAGCGCCAGUUCCACACUGACGAAUCGCUUCGAGAACACUGUCGACAACUUCAGUACAUACGGCGUGUAGGAGUAGAGGGCCUCCGUGUUCGAAUAGCAGAUUUCGGACAAGUUGGAGACGGCGCCAGUGCGGGAACAGAGCUGUACCUGGCGCCUGAGCUUUACUGUGCCAUCUCCGGUACGCUACAAGCCACUGAACAUGCAAGUAACGACGCGAGUGGCGGCGACAGCAUGAACGGAGAGGACUCUCCAGACCUUGAUCGAAACUUCAUUAUCAGAGACAAGUCCUUUCCAGAGUUUGUUCCCACAAAGCCAAAAUCGACGCAAGCAACAGACAUCUACUCACUGGGAAUUUCAUUCCUCGUUCUCCUUUUUAACUAUGAAGAGUUUGCCGCAGCUACUACUGACUUCGGUACUGGUGUAGCUUACGAUGAUUACAUCAACUCCUACAAGCAUCAGCAGGACCUUUUGGAAAGCAUCAGUAAGCUGCGGAGCAUUUAUAGUGCAGAGCUUUGCGACCUCUUUGCUAUCAUGUGUAGCCCCGAUCCCAGCGUUCGACCGUCUGCCUCCGCGGUUGCUUCCUUCUGCUUCUCCCAGCGUCUCCGUGCCUAUAACACUUCCGUGCCGGCAUCCAGCAACACCCCUGUCUUCAACUCUUCUUGUGGUGGUACCCUGAAAAAUGCUAUUCAGCUCUACUCACACUGCAAGGGGAUGCAUGCCACGUCAUCUGCACAGAAGCCUAGGAAGGAGAACGCUGGCUACCCUCUGGAUCAGCACACAAUAAUCACAGAGCCUUCAGCCUGUUUACCAGUCAUGACUAAUUCUCCCUCGAGUAGCAGCUUGAGGGGAAUUCAAGACAGCGAAGAGAACAGUAGCCGGCCGCUAAGAAAAAGAUUCAGUCACAGGGCUUCUAAGGCUGAUGACAUCAAUAAGGAGGCCACACCAGAGCUGGUUGAGGUCGAUGUCCUCUAUAGCACUCUGAGACCUUUGGUGCCAAGUACCUUCAACUUGGGUAAGCGCGAACGUCAGUUGCACAUCGGUAAACGACACAAGCACUACGGACACUGCAGAGACCGGGCACCUGGACAUCGAAGAACAUCUAGAUCCCGCUGCUCUGUGCAGUACUUCUUUCCUGUUCUGCUUGCAGUCAAUAGCGUUGGAAUUCUGACAGUAAUUUACUUAUUACGACUGCUUCUUCGCAAAUGA